GUGGAAGUGUCAAAACAUUUCUCUGGAGUGGAGUGAUGCGCGUUUUAAAGUGUAAACUUGUGUGGAUGUAAUUUGAAUAUUCAGAAUUCCGAAAAUGUCCUUUUUGGAUCCCGAUCGUUUCCAUAGAGCCGCAAGAGAUGGAUUCUUGGAUUUGUUGCAAGAAGCUAAUCGAAAGGAAUUAAAUUCCCGCGAUGAUGAUGGCAUGACACCGGCCAUGUGGGCCGCCUAUUACGGCCACCUCGAUGCUCUGAGGCUCAUAGUUGGUAGAGGGGGCGAUCCGGACAAGAGCGACCACUACGGCAACACGUGCCUGCACUGUGCGGCGGGCAACGGGCACACGGAUUGCGUCUCGUUCCUGGUCAACUUCGGGGUCAACCUGUGGGCGCUCGACAACGACUUCCAGACGGCCAAGGAGGUGGCCGCCCUCAACCAGCGCGAGGCUGCGCUGCGCCUGCUGGACCGGGCGCAGUCUAAGCACGCCCUCGUCAACAAGAAGCUGGUGCAGCGGUUGCGUGAAAAGAGCGUCUAUGACGCGGAGAAGAGGAUCAAGAGGUACCGAAAGUUGCAGGCGAAAGCGGCAAAGAGGGCCGAGAAGGAGGACAAAAUGAUGAUGUCUUCUUUCCGAAAAGAUUCUAGGUUCUUGUAUGGCCCUAAGUUUUCCGACAUAGUGAACGUAGGGGAGAAGAAAGACCACGGUGCUCUUUCAAAGAAAGUUAUUUUAUCCGGGCGAAAAAAGAAGACAGUAGUGUUCAGGCCCGGAGAUGUCAUCGGAAGAGACACUGACAGCACCGUGACUAGUGACAUUCCUUCGAGAGCAAGUUCGUAUCUCAGAAAGAGUGGCAGUACUUUAGAUUCGGUGAGGGAGAACAGCGAUGGCGGCUCUUGCUCGCCCGAUAAUCCGAGUCGGCAGGCUUCCGACACUCACUCCAGCGAUGACGCCAACAGUGACGUUCUGCAGACUGCAGAUUCAGGCAUUGGUGACGAACUGCACGACCCCACCCACGUCGGCAUUUUCGACAGGCCAGGAUUUGGCACGGUCGCUUUCCGCAGCUCCGUCGUCAACCUGGCAUCCGUGCUCGCUAACAGCGCCGAGAACAAUAACGGAGACAAGGACCGCAACGCCUUGAACGAUUUUCACAGUCGCCAAAGCAGCGGCAACAGGGUGAGUUUCGCCAACGAUAGCAUCGGUAGCGCGGGAAGUCUGGUGAGGCGUCACAUCACGUGGGAAGAUGAGUGCGAUGCUGCCGACUACGACGAUGUCGAUGACGACGUGUCUGAUGAUGACGACGACGAUGAUGACGCUACGGAUGAAGAAGAUUGCUGCUGUGAUGUCGAGGAACCUCUAAGCCUUUUCCUAGCCACAAUUGGACUAAAUGACUACAUGCCGCUCUUCCAGUCUGAGCAAAUCGACUUAGAGGCCUUGUCCUUAUUGUCUGAAGAUGAUUUAAAAGCUUUAGGUAUGCCGUUAGGUCCCAGACGAAAACUAGAAAAGGCUGUUCAACAGAGACUAAAAAUUAUGGAGCAGCCCGGCAUCGUCCAAGACAGUAGACUUUAAUAUUUUAGAGAUAUGGAUCAAUGUCUUGUCUGGUCAUUGACACUUAAAGAUGCAAUAUUUUCAGUUUGAUUUUAUGUCACGAAGACUCGAGAAAAACGCAUAAAACUUUUUCCAAAAAAGUGAAUUAUUUUUGUAAUUAUACUAUAUGAA